CAAUCUCAACCAUUUUCAAGUUCUCUGGAAGCGGGAGUUACCCCUACGGUCUGACGUGAUUUCCCCCCAAGUGACCUCCCCUCCAACCUCAAUCAAGAUUCCGAACGAGGUCGACCACUGGUUCUGCUCAGGACUCGACCGAGUUGCACCGAAAAGAGUCACAAGCCCUUGAACUCACGCUUUCCCAGAACUUCGCAAAAGUAGUCGAUUAUUCGGGCGUGCAUAUGCUCAAGUCAAUCAUUUGUCCUCGGGCCUCCUCAGGCCUGGAGGAUCAAGUGGGCACUGGGAACUCUAUAUAGUCACGAUGGCUGACCUUCCGACGUCAUCUGUGUCGGAUUCCGUUUAGAGGGUAUAAAAGGAAACGAGAAAGGGUCGGAAAAAGACAUCCAAAUCAUCAAAUGGUUAAUAUUCUGCAGUUCGUGAGUAGUUGGGCUUUGAUUGCGGCGGGGAUGGCGUAUGGCCAGAGCGGUCUUCUUCCGAAGAAGUUUAACACCAUUCCUCUCGGUGGGGUACGUCCUUCUGGAUGGCUCGCUGAUCAGCUGAAUGUGCAGCUGAAUGGACUGGCUGGCCAUGAACACGAGUUCUAUAACUAUAUCGCUCAAACUGACUGGAUGGGAGGACCCUCUCGCUACUCUACUUUGGAAGAAGCCGGAAGCUAUUGGUUCAACGCAGCCGUACCUGGCGGUGUCCUCGCCAAAAACGAUGCGCUCCUGGGGAAAGCACAAGAGUUUUUGGACUACGUCAUUACACAUCAGGAAGAAGGAGGCUGGCUGGGCCCAGAGGCCGGUAAAGCUAACACGACACAGAAUCCUCGGUACCUUUGGGGAAGAUACCCGUUCCUGUUCGGCGCUAUCCAGAUGGUCGAGUACGAUCCUUCACAGACAGAUAAGGUCGUUACCGCUAUGCACAAAUUCGUUGUGGAAGCGAACAGAAUGUUACACGCCGGCGAGGGCAUGGAAAUAUGGACGCAGACCAGAUGGGCCGACCUCGUGAUGGCGCUCGAAUGGCUCUAUGAUAACUAUCCGAGGGGACAGGAGGACCUUCUUAUUGAUACAAUGAAGCAAGUUAAGUAUGCAGGAGUAACCUGGGAGGUGGUAUUCCUCGAGGAGAACUUUCCGAAGACGGCUGUCGAUCAUCUCCGAAAUCCAACUGGAUGGGUGUUGGCGUGGCACGGCGUCAAUUUGGCUGAAGGUAUCAAAGCGUUGCCAGCCGCGUACCGCUUCACUCACAACGAAAGUGACCUGACCAGGACAAGCGAAGGGUGGGACCUUCUGUUCAAGUAUCACGGUCGUCCUUCUGGUAUCUAUGGUGCAGAUGAAUAUCUAGCUGGCCUCGAGGCAACCAGAGGGACGGAGCUCUGCAUAGUUGUGGAAAUGAUGUUUUCGUCAUCGUUCUUAUUCCAGAUGAUGGGAGAUCUGAAAUACUUGGACACGGCGGAAAGACUGGCAUACAACGCACUUCCAGCCGCAAUCACACCUGACCACUGGGCUCAUCAAUAUGAUCAGCAGUCCAAUCAAAUCGCCUCUAGGAACAUGACUCCAGACCCAUUCGAUGUGAACACAGGAUAUGCCAACGUGUUUGGACUCGAACCAUACUACCCAUGCUGCACGGUUAAUCAUCCGCAAGGCUGGCCCAAGUUCAUUUCGCAUGCAUUCCUCACCACCGACGAUGGAACUUCUCUUGUUCAAGUCUACCAUGGUCCUUUCCAAACUACUGCAACGCUCUCCGGAAACAACAAUGUGACCGUGAAUGUCGAGACAACCUACCCCUUCAGUGACAUUGUCUCUACCACGAUCACCGCGACUUCAAGUUACACCCAUCUUGUCCGUAUUCCAAGUUGGGUAGUGAAUGGCACUAUCUCUAUCAAUGGUGGUCAGGCGCAGCUUCUGGCUCCAAAGAACGGGUUCCAGUCGGUACCCAUCCCUGCUGGACAAUCCAAGUUUGUCCUCAACCUCACACCACAAAUCACAUUCGAAAGCCGACCACACGGAGCAGUUGCUAUCCAUCGAGGCCCUCUCCUCUACUCCUUGGAAAUCACUUAUUCCUCCAAGAUUCUCAAGCAACAUCCUCAAGAACCCCGUGCGGCGGAUUAUGAAUUCGACGCAACCUCGGAAUGGCGGUUUGCUGUUGACCCGAAGACAGCCAAAGCAGUGGGUGGUGCUGCACCUGGAGACACCUUGCCUUCCCCGAUUUUCGACUCGAAUAAACCUCCAGUCUCCAUUGAAAUCUCUGGAUGUACGAUCGACUGGGACGAGGCAGGGCAAACUUUCGCUAACCCUCCACCUGAGAAACCCAAAUGCAAUGGUGCGGUGCAGAAGUUGAAGUUGACACCGUACGGUGCUACCAAUCUCCGCAUCAGUGAAUUCCCGGUAAUGACUGCUUGAGUAUGAUGGCGCACUGGUUCGUGGAAUGAGACACGGUUGAGGUAGCUCGUGAGGAUCAUAAAAAAGCAUAAAAAAGAUGUUCUUUGGGCUCCAGUAUGUAACUCAGAAUCAAGUUUAAAAAUCACUUCUUGGCGACGAGUACAAAAGUAA